AUGGCCACGCACUACCAGCGCCAGGGUCAAAACCAAAGUCGAGCUGCGGCGACUGCAGGCUCCUCCGGGCGUUACAACCACACAACGAGCCACUCCCAAAUCGACUUCCCCUCAGGUUCCCGGCCGCUGCGGGCACAGACGCCACUCACCUCUGUUCCGUUGCGUGACGACUUUGACGCGAUUACAACCACGCACAGAUGGUCGCGAUACACGCGCCCAACGACGGCCGACCCGACAUCGGAGGGCUUUUUGGCGCAGCUGGAGGCGGUAACGGCUACGCGAGCGAGCACGGUGAUACCCAGACACCACCGGCGGCGGAAUACGAUGCCUACAUUGAGUGAAAUUUCGCUUGAUAUCAGCCAAAAUCGACACGCACAAGGUUUACGACGGACGCGGGGGCGCGACCGGAUAAAGAGCGGCCAGGUCCAGCCCACACUCGAAGAAACUGGACUCGACUAUGAGAUGGUGGAAAAUAAUAUUAUCGAGGAGGGGCCCGAGCGCACCGUCUCAAUAUCCAAGUGGCGCGAACAAGUCAUUAGAGAGACCGACGACGACGAUGCGAUGAGCGUAUAUUAUGUGGACGUGGAAGGAAUGGUGCAGAAGGACCGAGGAUACUCGACGCGGAGAACACGGUCGGAUGAAAAUCGCCCGAGACAAGGAGAAACGACACCCGACCAUUCCCGGUCCCGCCCGCGAACGCGCACCGAAUCGACGCCGCGCGAAAGCGGGACGCUCAUCCAGCCGGACCCAUUCGCCCUUCCGUCCCCCACCGCGCCAUUUCGCGUCCGCGCAAAACAGCCCCCCGACACCGGCAACCACUCGAGCAUCAGCAGCAUCCAGCUCGCGCCGCCCAAAGCGAAAGACUCGCUCUCCCCGUCGCCGGUCGCGCCCGCCUCGCCCGCGCUACCGUCGCUCGAGACGGUUCUGCGCACGUGCCAGCCGUCGCUGCUGCAUAUCCUCCCGGUGCUGCAGGCGGUGGGGAUAACAACAUCAGAAAACCUGCGGGCGCUCGCGCUGCUCACAGAGGAGAUGCGCAAUCGGGAGGUAAGGGUGGAGGUGUUGCGGAUGGGUGUCAGCCUGCUUGAGUGGGCGGUGUUGUUAGAUAGAGUACAAAGGGGCUUGUAA